CCCUGGGGCGGGACGGCGGCGGCCACGUGACGAGGCGCGGUAGUCGAUCGCCGAGCCGGGUAACCGCGCUGGGCUGGAGCGGGGCUGCCAUGGGCCUGGGCGCCAGCGCCGAGAGGCCCGCGGGCGGCGCCGAGGGCUUCCACCUGUACGGGGUGCAGGAGAACUCCCCAGCCCAGCAGGCCGGCCUGGAGCCCUACUUCGACUUCAUCAUCACCAUCGGGCACUCGCGACUGAAUAAGGAGAACGACACGCUGAAGGCCCUGCUGAAGGCCAAUGUGGAAAAGCCCGUGAAGCUUCAGGUGUUCAGCACCAAGACCAUGAAGGUGCGGGAGGUGGAGGUGGUGCCUAGCAACAUGUGGGGCGGCCAGGGCCUGCUGGGCGCCAGCGUGCGCUUCUGCAGCUUCCGCCGGGCCAGUGAGCACGUGUGGCGGGUGCUGAGGACAGGGUCCUGCAUGCUCCCCGGAAGGCAGCUCCCCUGCCCUCCUGGUCCAGUGGCAAGGCCUGGCUCGGCUCUCUCCCAGGAUGUGGAGCCCUCCUCGCCUGCCUCCCUCGCUGGCCUGCACCCCUACACAGACUAUGUGGUUGGCUCAGACCAGAUCCUCCAGGAGUCCGAGGACUUCUUUUCGCUCAUCGAGUCCCACGAGGGGAGGCUCUUGAAGCUGAUGGUUUACAGCUCUGAGUCCGACUCCUGCCGGGAGGUGACUGUAACUCCCAACGCAGCCUGGGGUGGAGAGGGCAGUUUGGGGUGUGGUAUCGGCUAUGGAUACCUGCACCGGAUCCCAACUCAGCCCCCCAGCCACCACAAGAAGCCACCCAGUGCAUCACCACCUGUACCCACCGCCCAGGAAUCUCCUGCCCUUCCGUGCCCAGAGACAGGCUCCAGGCAGGGUGACUAUGUGGAGGCUUUUCUGCAGGCACCUGGCUCCCCUGGGGAGGGACAGCUUCCUGAGCCUGGGAGUCCUGGCCGUGGUGCUCCAGACUUUGGAGGACUUCCAUGUGGCCUGGAGACCCCUCUCCAGCCCCCACCUCCAGUACAGCGAGUCAUGGACCCAGGUUUCCUGGACGUGUCGGGCAUCUCCCUCUUGGACAGCAGCAAUGCCAGUGUCUGGCCCAGCCUGCCCUCUGCCUCUGAGCUGACGUCCACAGCUGUCUCACCCUCAGGGCCAGAAGACAUCUGCUCCAGCAGCGGUUCUCAGCGUGGUGGUGAGGCCACAUGGUCUGGGUCAGAGUUUGAGGUCUCCUUCCCAGACAGCCCAGGCGCACAGGCCCAGUCAGACCACCUGCCUCAGCUGAGCCUGCCCGACAGCCUCACCUCUGCAGUCUCACCGGAAGAUGGGCUGUCUGCCGAGCUGCUCGAAGCUCAGGCUGAGGAGGAGCCGGCAAGCACUGAGAGCCCAGAGAGCCCAGAUUUGGGGGCAGAGGUUGAGGGAGUGGCCAUCCAGGGCCAGCCCUCUGCCCCUGAAUAAUGCCCUGGGCUAUGACCCGACCCCUGCUGGUAUCUCAUGAGGGAUGUGGGGGGACAGCUCAGGCCACACUGCGGCCCAGCCUCCAGUGAGGUGCAGGGGGUGGGGCUUUUGUGUCCACUCAGACCCUACCGGUCUCCAAGACAUGACCUCCCAGCAUUAAUUCUGCCUGAUGGUCCUGGCUUUUGGGGAAUGUCAAAGAAGUCCUUUUGGGGUUAGUGGGGCCCGAAUAAGUUUGCAGGAGCUGGGGUGGGAGAGGAUUCUUUGCUGCUCCAGCAGAGCAGUAAGCAGCCAUGUACCUUAGGUCCAGUGCUUGAUCUGGUCACUGUGGCUGCCAGGUGUGAAGAGGGGGAGAGGGAGGGAAGGCUGGUAUGGACGUGUGCUCAUCACUCAGCAGGGCCCCCCUUCAAGUCCUGCAUCGCUCAGCCAGCCCUGCUGUCCUGGAAGGUCCCCAGGCCCUGGGACGCCUGAAGCUCCAAUCAGUGUCUCCUGUCAUGUGCCCUCAUCACCAUGUCACACUACACAGUUGGAGGGAAUGGCAGUGACCUUGGCUCUUCCUGGGGUCGGGGGGCUGGAAAUUCCUGGUUGGUCAGCAGACUCACCUGUGGUUGGACCACAGUUCUUCCCUGGGGCCUACAGCCCACAGUGCUAGCAUCUCCAGGGGUACUCCUGUCUGCUCCCAAACGUCCUCAGCCAUCUCUUCUACAUAUAUAGGGCACCCAGCUAGCCCCAGUAUUGAAUCCAAGAUGGCAGUUUUAAGUUCACCACCUAGGCAGACUAGAGCUGGUCCACCCGAUGGAUCUCUCCAUGCACAGCUCCCACCCCGAGGGGGAGUGAGGAGCCUAGACCAGGGUGGGAGGGGCUCUUUUGCUCUCCCCUUAGCAUUGAGGGAGGCUAUCCCCUCCGGUGUCUUGGGAACGUAAGGCCAGGUUGGAUCUUCCGCUCAGGAGGAGGGCUCUAUCCUGGGCAGCCCCCAUCCCACAGUCCUCUCCAGGCGUGGAGUCCCUCACCUUCUUACUGUGAAAGCCGCUCUGGCCUCUUCUAGCCUCUACCAAGUUGGAAGUUCCACCUUUCCCCGCUCAUUUGUACUGUCCACACCUACCAGGGACUCGGCUCUGCUAGGCCCAUAGAACGAGGGCUGGCUGCUCUGGGGGCGUGGGCCAGGCGUAUUAGCAAACGCUUCGAGUUUCUCGUGUGGUGACUGUGUUAGAAGCAAGCCCUUGUCCAGCCUACCCCAGUGGCUGAGCAGCCGCAGGACAGGCAGGCACUGUGCCCAAAGCCGCUCUUGGUACCUGGUUCCUGGAUAGUUGGGGAGCCCGGUGCCCAUCUGCAGGAACCCAGGAAGUAGAAGGGAAUCUCAUCUCAGCCUGACCCAAAACCACCCUCACCAGGUGUCCUGCACUCCCCCCCAUUACGCACAUGCAGAAGCGAACACAUUCCCCUACCUAAACUAGGGACAGUGGAUGGCAAUGUUAAUUAUUUCCAAGGUACACAGAACUAGGAGUUUCUUGCUUUCUCUGUAAUCUGCUAUGAAGGAAAAUGAUAGGUGAAAAAUAAACAUAUCACUUCAAAAUA